AUGUGGAAAACAAUUGUUAGCACAUCUGCAGUUGCUGGAAUAUCAUUUCUGGUUGGAAAAUAUUCGAAUGAGCAAGUUAUUCGAAAUGCACAAUCAGCUGAAAAUGUUGAAUUAGUGAGUUUUUUUUAAAUUCAGAAUUGCAUUUUUUGUCAAACAGAAAACUAUUGGAAAACCACAAGCACCAAUAAAAUUGGAUGAAAAUGCGAUGGGACCAUCGAGAGCAUCAGAAAUCAUGAAAUUCGGUUUCCCUGGUUUUGAUCACAUUCGAAGUUAUGAAGAUUUUGUGUUAUCUUAUGAUAGAAGGACUAGAAAUGCACAUUGGGUAAUGAACAAUAUUCUCAUUGUAAAUUUGGAAAAUAUUUGAUUUAGACAUUGGAACAUUUGGUACCGGAAAGAUUAGUGAGAGCAAAAGAUGUUGAUCGAGCAAAAAGUGAAUUUCGGCCAGAUACUUCGAUGCACAGUUUUUUCAGAGCCGAAAAUGAGGACUUUAGAGUAGGUCAUAGAAUUAUCUCUAUCUUCAUUUUCAUAUAAUCUCCUUAAGGGAAGUGGAUUUGAUCGAGGACAUCUUGUUGCGGCUGCAAAUCAUCGAAAAAAUCAACUUGCUUUGGAUCAAACAUUUUUCCUGACAAAUAUUUCACCGCAAGUUGGAAAAGGUUUCAAUCGUGAUAAAUGGAACGAUUUGGAAAUUUACACGAGGUGAAUUUUUUGAAGCUCAAUCAAAAUUUUUGUUUUUGUUUCAGAAAAGUUGCCAGAAAAGCUUUGAAUACUUAUGUAGUCACUGGGCCAUUAUUUUUGCCGAAAACUUUUGAGGAUGGAAAGAAUUACGUUAAAUAUCAGGUUAUUGGAAAGAAUAAUGUUGCAGUCCCUACUCAUUACUUCAAAGUUUUACUUCUCGAAACUUCUCCAAAUAAUUAUGAAUUGGAAUGUUUUAUUCUUCCAAAUGCUGUUAUUCCGGAUUCUACCGAACUUUCAACGUUCCAUGUUCCAUUAGAGGCAAUUGAAAAAGCUGCAGGAUUAUUGAUUUUUGAAAAACUUCCAAAAGGGUUAAUCAAAAAAAUUAACGGGAAAAGUACGAGUAAAUUCUGGUGA